AUGCAAGUGACUGCGCUCCCGCUACACCCGACCGCUACGUACGUGGGCAAGGGCUUCCCAAAGUUUGGCCAGCCGCGCGAGAUCGCCCACUUCUCGCGCGACGCCUCGCGGCGGGUCCGCUUCGACAAGAGCGGUCUCGGCGCCUACCGGACGCCGCGGCUGCCAGCGGCGCUUGACGUGGGGUUUGAGAGCUACGUUCCUAAAUCGCACGACCCAAACGAGCCCGCGCCGCUCGGCGACGUCGUCGCCGCCCUCUCCCACAAGGGCGUGCGCACCACCGACGCGCACAUCCUGACGUACCGCAACAACCUCAACAAGAUCUUUGGGACGGUCUACAACCGGAAGGACGACUGGGAGGUUGGCGUGGAGCGGUGCGCCGACGGCACGGUCCUGCUGCACGUCAUGGACACCGAGCGCAAGCGGGCGGAGGAGGCGAGGCGCGACGAGCGGCAGCAGCGGAUGUCCUACUGGGGCUACAAGCUGUCGACCCUCGACGGCGGCGAGGACGACGGCGGGCCGCUGCCGCCCGUCAACGCAAACGAGGAGUUUUGCUCGAGCGUCCACCAGAUGCGGAACAUGCGGAAUGCAGACCAGCCAGUCACUCCAGUCUUGCACGCGGACGGCGGGAUUGUCCAGCUGUCCAUCGACCGCACGAAGCUCUUCAUGGCGGCCGAGAUCGACUGCGCCGCCACCGGCGGUGGCGGCGCCCCAGCGGCGGGGUACGUCGAGCUGAAGACGAGCAAGCGGCACGCGUCUCCCCGCGAUGAGGAGACAGAGAGCUUCCAGCGGCACAAGCUCUUCAAGUACUGGCUGCAGGCGGCCCUCCUCGCCCUGCUGCCGCCGGACAGCGCGGGGCGAGAGCCCUACUGGGAGCCCGCCGCUUGCAUCAACUUUGGGAAGGGCGUGCUCGAGUGGCUGCUCGCCUCGCUCGCCGCCAACCCCGCCGCCGCGCACUACGUCAUGCGGGAGGCGGUGGCGGCGCUGCACCAGCGGUACGGCGGGAGCGGGGGCGCGGGGGAGCCGCCGACGAAGCGGCCUCGCGCUGCCUUUUGA